AUGAACGCCGAGUCCUCACGAUCGCACUCCAUCUUCCUCAUCGCCAUCUGUCAGCGCAACACCGAGACGGGCGCACAGAAGACGGGUAACAUCCACCUCGUCGAUUUGGCCGGUUCCGAGAAGGCGCUGUCUGACCUCGGUAUGGUCAUCAACGCGCUUACGGGCGGAAAGGCCGAACACAUUCCGUACCGUGACUCGAAGCUCAUCCGUAUGCUCAAGAGUCCCUUGGUGGCAACUCCCGUACAACGCUCAUCAUCAACUGCUCCCCCGCCUCCUACAACGAAGCCGAAACGCUCUCCACCCUCCGCUUCGGUAUCUGAGCCAAAUCCAUCAAGAACAUCGCGCGCGUCGACGCAGAGCUCUCCCCCCCUCCCCGCCGAACUCAAGAACCUGCUUCAGAAAGCGCAGAUCUCGGCCGCCGGGUAUAUGAUUGACGCGCUCGAGGCGGAACUCGCAGUUUGGCGCGCGGGCGGUAAGGGCGAGCCAGGCGAGAAUGCGGAGGCCAAGUUGAAGGCGGGUGGAGCGAUUGAGCCGAAGAAGCCUGCGCCGCCAGCGUCAAGCACUUUCACGAGUACUGCGACCAGUUCGGCUGCUACGACUCGCAGCGGAACGCCCGUGAACCCGGCUAUUAAGGGUCUUCGACCCGCUACACCGACUGUCGUUGGCCUUGAUAAGGACGAGCGCGAAGAGUUCCUCAAGCGCGAGAACGAGCUGUCCGAUGAACUUGGCAAGCGCGAGACUCUGCUCAAAGCCGCCGAGAAGCUUGCCGGCGAACUGCACGACGAGUUGACGUUCCUCAAGGAGCAAGAGUCGACGCUGUCCAAGGAAAACAAGGCGCUCUCCACACAACUCACCGAGUUGCGCCUCCAGGCCGAGAAACUCGGCUACGACGCGAAGGAGAGUCAGAUCACCAUCGACAUUCUCGAGGAGCAGGGCGCGGACCAGCGCAGCGAGCUUGAGGAGUUGCGCAAGACGCUCGAGCAGCUUAGGGCAAAUAAGCCCGAUGCCGCGCAGGAGGACAAGGAGAGGAGGAAGCAGGAGAAGAUGGCGCUUAAGGACGAGCAACUUCGUGCCCUUCUGGCGAAGCUCGACGCGGACGAUGCGCCGUCAUCCCUUACGAGCGAGGACAUUGCCUCAAUCCGUCGGCAGCUCGCAGAUGGCCAGGCUUUGGUCAGGGAUACCGUCGACCGCCUCCGUCAGAAGCAGGAGGAGGGCGAGCUGGCAGCGCGGAGGCUCGACGAGCUUGAGACGCGGUUAUCCGCGCUCGAGGCGGAGUACGAGGAGCUGCUGGAGAAGACCAUCCGGGACGAGGAGACGAGCAAUGUGGACGUCACGGAGAGUAUGGCGGAGCUGAAGAACAAGCUUGGGGCGUAG